AUGACAAGUCUGCACACUGAAACAGCUGCAGUGUGGGUUGAGGACGGGGCUGAAGUGGACCAGUGCGUCAUGGGCACAGAUGAGCUCACGGUGUGCGUCUGUCCUGCAGGUCAGCAGCUGUUCUCCUCUGAGGGAGGGAAUGUCUCUCUGCCUUGUGAUGGAGUCAGCAGCUGCGAUUCAGUUUCCUGGAAAUACAACACUGGGUCUGGGCCCGAGACACUGCUGAUCGAGAACGGACAGGAUGUUACCACACAGACAGACAGGGCUGGGAGACUGACGGUACUGUCUGACUGCUCCCUACACAUACACAACCUGAAGAAGGAAGACGCUGGACAGUACACCUGUGGACCUCACUCCACUAGAAGAAAGACCAUCUCUCUCAGCCUGCUCUCUGUUGACCCCAGCCUGACAGGAGUGAACCUGUCACUGUACUGCAGACUGUAUCCUGAUGUUGACAGUGCCGAAUGCAACAAGACCAAGAACCUGAGACUGACCUGGGUGGACGAGCAGGGCGCAGAGCUGAAAAACCAGAGAUUCAAGAUCAGAGGAGCAUCUCCGUGUGAGUCUGUCCUGACCAUGAAGCUCCGUGAUUCUGAUCGAGACCAGGCGUGGAGGUGUGAUCUGAGAGAGGAAGACGAGCUGAAGGCUUCAGUGCAGUACAGAGACUCAGGUACUCUCUACCAGUCUGGACUCUCCGGGCGAUCGCCUUUAAUGACCAUAUGGCAUUGUCCAUACAUGUUCAGUAAAGUAUUUAUUUCAGGUCUGAUCAAUACUAAUGAGCAAAUAGCUAAAUUAGACACUACAUUGAAAAAAACUGCAUUGCAUGACACUAUAGUAUAAUAAACUAUACAGCACUACACUGCACUAUGCUUAACAAUACUGCAAUGAAUUACUACUGCACUAUACUAUACUUAACUAUAGUACAUUGCACUAUAGUGAAAUAUACUGCAUCACACUACUUUGCUAUACUAAACCACACCGCAUUGAACAGUCCUACACUAAACUGUAACAUAUGUAUAUGUACACUGUAUAAUGAUAAACUUCACUACAUUGAACAGUACUAUACUACACUAUACUCAACUACACCGUAUUGAACAGUACUGUACUAAAC